CUAACCCUAAUUUCAUAACUUCAACUUUAUUCAUUUCCCCUCAUUUUCUCCUCACUCUGUCACUCACGCAUGCAGCCACGAUCCCUCACUCACUCUUGGUCUCAUCCGAACAAUCAACCUCUCAAGUCUCACCUCACCUUCAACCUUCCUCUCCCCUUCUUGCUGCUGCAAAUCUACUACAUAUCUGUUGUUGGAGCUGUUACAGAUCUGCUCCUGAAGCUGCUGUCAAAGCUGUUAGCUGCAGCUUGCAGAUCUGCUCAUAUGCCGGACUCCCCUCUGCUUGCUGCACUGCACUGUGCCAGACCCCCUCUGCUUGCUGCACUGUGCCAGACCUCCUUUGCUUGCUGCACUACACUGUGCCGGACCUCUACUUGUUGCACUGUGCCGGACCUCCUCUGCUUGCUGCACUGUACUGUGCCGGACCUCCUUUACUUGCUGCACUGCACUGUGCCGGACCUCCUCUGCUUGCUGCACUGUGCCGGACCUCUUCUGCUUGCUGCACUGUGCCGGACCUCUUCUGCUUGCUGCACUGUGCCAGACCUCCUCUGCUUGUUGCACUGUGCCAGACCUCCUCUGCUUACUGCACUAUACUGUGCCGGACUCCCUCUACUUGCUGCCUGUGCCGAACUCCCUCUCGGAAUCCAACGGUAAGAAGUUUAAUAACUUGAUUAAGGUUGA